GGGGCCCCGCCGCCGGCACAGCGGCCCGACCUGGCCGCGGCGCUGCGGGAGCUGCGCGCUCAGUACGAGGCGCUGGCGGCGCGCAACCUGCAGGCGGCCGAGGACUGGUACCGCGCCCGCUGCGCCCGCCUGCACGAGCGGGCGGCCCGCAGCCAGGAGGCCGUGCGCGCCAGCCGCCGGGAGGCCGGCGAGUGCCGCCGCCAGCUCCAGGCUCGCCUGGUGGAGAUGGAGAGCCUGCGCGGCGCUCACCAGUCCCUGGAGAGGCAGCUGCAGGAGCUGGAGGAGCGGCACAACGCCGAGGCCGCCGGCCUGCAGGACACCAUUGGACAGCUGGAGGAUGACCUGAGGAACACCAAAAAUGAGAUGGCUCGGCACUUGAGGGAGUACCAAGACCUGCUCAAUGUCAAGAUGGCCCUUGAUAUUGAGAUAGCUGCCUACAGGAAGCUGCUGGAGGGAGAGGAGACCCUCUUCAACAUGGGAAGCAGUGGCCUUCCAUCACUCAGUUCCCUUCCCAGCCCCACUUACUCCUUCCAGCCAAGGAGCUUUAGUUCCUCUACUCUGUCCUUCAAAGAGGAGGAGCAAGGAGAGGUUAUUAAAGUGACCUCUAAAAUAUCAUCCAGCAGGGCUGAGGUGAUUGAGGGGACCAUAACCUCUGUCAAGAAAAGAGGGAGAUUAAACCUGCAUGGAGGAAUCCUUGCAAAUGCAAAGAUGUAACCAUCAGGACCCUGUUCACGAGCAUUUGAGGGGGAACAGUCUCCACUCGGCCUUGAAAUUGCCCCUCUGGGCACAAAGCUGCACUGGGCUCGCAGGAAGCUUCCCUUGAAAACACAACCCCCCCUGGGGACACCCAGGGAUGGCUUCCUUGCAGGUCCUGCCACACAGAGGCCGAGCUUGGCACAUUGCUCCCUUUUAAAUGGGGUGGGGGCACACAGGACAGGUAGCUAGAGAUGCAUGUUGGUCAUUGUGGUGGUGGCACGUGGACUCGAGCACACUCCCUCUCCUCCUGCGGCGGGCGAGGGGCAGCCAGCUGGGAACGCUGUUGAGCCAGCUCACUGGGGAGGGGAGGGAAACAAUUCAACAUGUUUACUGUUACUAGUUUCAAGGCUAAAUACCUUCAUCAAUUAUCCAAAUCCAUGUACAGCUAAACUCUUAGCCACUCCUCAAACUGUAGCCAUCCACUUUUAACCCUAGAAGCACAGAAAUAGCCAUACUGGACUGUAACCACACCUGACAUCUGAUCUCAGCCACGUAUGUUUUGAACAAUAAGGAAUGUUAAUUUUUCUUUGUACUGAUAAAUCUUGAUUUCUGACAGCACUAGUCAAGCCAGGCACAUGGGGUUUAUUAGCAGCAGGCACAGGGCAGAGAACUGUUACAUUGGAGGUGAAGGCACCACCAUGUUGUAGGGUGCAGCACCUCAUGUGGUGUCACUGUCUCCCAGAUAUGAGGGUCUGAGGGGCCCCUUGUUUGACUUCACAGCCUUCACAUGAAAACCCUGUGCCCAGAUUAGCAUUGUGCCCCAGCCAGCACUGGGAAGCUGCAGGACUCCUGAACACCAGCCUGCAAAGCAUCUUUGUCUCCGCUCUAACUGUUCCAACGCGUGCCAAAUUUGAUAUAGGAUUUAAUAACCAUAGGUUUCCUUCAAUGCCUUAAAUCGCCAGUGAUCGCUUUUGCAAGAGCCGGAGACUCCACGUGUUGUGUGUCAGGGUUAUCAUCACCAGACCUCGCUGCCCUUGCGGUGCUGCCAGAGUAGUUCCUGGAACCAGCAAACUGUUUGCUCACACUCUUUCCUCUUCUAUUGUAAGGCACAAGUUAAUAAUUAAAAAAAGAAAUAGUUG